CGUCAGUGUGAAAUACUGGAUGACGCGAACAGGACUGAGCCUGAGACAUGUUCAAGAUAUGUGCGCGUGUCUUUAUGAUUGUUGUUGUUUCAUAAACAUUGUAAGUCGACGUCACAUUCUUUGUCUACAUUCCGGGGUCUUUUUCUGUUGGAAGAGAGUUCAAGAGGUGAGCCACACUGUUGUGGUUUUCCAUAUGAAUGGCUGUGGAAUCCUCAAUGUUUGCUAGUGUCUGGUGGAUGAACUAGAUUCUCUGACCACUUGCAUCCAUGGCUGCACCACGGUAGAGUGAAGCAGAAGUGUCAGUGGUGUUUGGUUAAGAUACCUGGCCAAUGGCUGCGUGUCGUCUCUUAAUGCCCACAGUUUGACUCACGAUUUAUGUGGUGUGAUUCAAUCCACAGCAUGGUCAGAAUGACUCAACUUCUGGACAGUAUAAUCCAGGGCAAUAGGUGAGAUCAUGAUGAAUGAAGGUCUCUGGCUCCCAGUUCUCAGUUUGCUCCUGAGCUCUUCAUCAUCAGAAUCAGAAAACUUUCCCAAGGUAAAUCGUGUUCAUAACAUGCUCUGUACACAACAUAUCACAAUAAAUUAAGAAGAAAUAAUAUUAUAAAGUGCAGAAAAAAAAGCGAUACAAAAGAGUUUAGAAAACAAUGUGUAAGAAAAUGCAGUUCAAGAACAGAAAAACGUGCCAAUGGUGAUGUUUUCCAGGAUGCUCCUUAGUUCCAGGAGCAUCCUUCUCUCCAGUUUCAGCCCCACCACAUCACCAGCUUUGCGGAUGAGUCUAUUGAGUCUGUUAGUGUCCUCCACCGUUAAUCUGCUGCCCCCAGCAAACCACAGCAAACAGAAUUGCACUGGACACCACCGCCUCAUAAAACAUCCUCAGCAGGGUCCCGCAGACGUUGAAGGAGCUGAGCCUCCUCAAAAAGUAGAGACGACUCUGUCCUUUUUAGUAAAGGGCCUCAGUGUUCAGAGCCCAGUCCAGUCUGUUGUCUAUGUGAACCCCAAGAUAUUUAUAGUCCUUAACCAUAUCCACCUUGACCCCCCGGAUGGAAACGGGGGUCACAGGAGACUUGGUCCUCCGUAGGUCCACCACCAGUUCCUUGGACCAAAGUCAGAUAGUUCAGCUGACACCAAGCAACAAAGUCCUCCACCACAGCCCUGUACUCAGUCUCCUCACCCUUGCUGAUACAUCCAACUAUGGCAGAGUUGUAAGAGAAUUUCUCAAGGUGGCAAGUCUCCGACCGAUAGUUGAAGUCUGUAGUGUAAAUGGUGAAGAGGAACGGAGAGGGAACAGUUCCCUGUGGUGCCCCGGUAUUACUAACUACUGUGUCCGACACACAGCCCUGCAGGCGCACUUACUGUGGUCCUUAAGCUAUGUGCCAUAUAAAAGUUUGGAGAAACACACGGUGAGCUUUGUUUGAACACAGCAGUGACGGCCAGUUCCACUGCCUUAUGUAUGUAACUGCAGGAGUUUGUGACUAACUGGGGCUGUCCAUGAAUAAAAGAACAAUCCAUGUGACGGAGACAUAUGGUCCUGCGCUGCCGUCGGCUGACUCUUGUUACUGCACCAAAAAAGUCAAUGAAGCCGACUGGUGCAACUCCAUAUUUAGCUCACUGAUGAUGGAUUUAUUCGGCAGAGGAGAGCUGAGCCUGCUGGGAGGAGGAGACGAAGUGGCCAUAUCGGGGAUCAGCUGGUCGACCAGUCAGCUUCCAGAUGACGUGUACCCGGCAUCUGGAUUGGCGCUUGCUGCUGCCUAUCAUGAUAUCAAAACCCGCCUGGCCAGUCUAGAGAGAGAGAACAGCAGCAUCAAGCUGAAACUCAAGCAGUAUGAGUAUAAGUUUCCGAUGAUCCAUGUCUCCGGAGAGGAGAGGAACCUGUGCUGCUCCUGUGAGCUCACCAUCACUGACGCCGGAGGCAUCCAGACAGAGACCACCAACCUUCAGCUGAGGGUCAACUCUCUCACUCAAGAGCUGCAGAAGACUAAAGAGAGAGAGGAGCAGCUGGAGGACGUCAUCCAGGCGUACAAAAAGAUCCAUCUGGAGAAGAACAACAUGCAGAGGGAUCUGGACAAGAUGACCAGUCUGGCUGAGCAGCAUGUCAAGCGCAUCUGCAGUCUGGAGUCAGCUCUGAGACAAAGAGAGAGCUCCAUUCAGAAUCUCAGCACACAGAUCCGCCACAAUGAUGCCCAUAAAGUGCGAACGCAUGACAAUCUGCUUGUCCCCAGAGGUCGUGGGCCGACACUCCAGAGCUCCCGCAGCCUGGAUGCACUGUCAGAUAUGAAACUACAGCGCUUGGAAGCUGAACUCGAAGGUGCACUGAACCAGGCUGAGGGUGCGUGUCAGAGGGAGAGUGAGCUGAGGGUGAAGCUCCAGAAGUUGCAGCAAGAAGUGGCGCAGCUGCAGGAAGCACAGAGACAGUCUCAGGAGUUGAAGUCUCACUGUGAGCACUGUGACGUGGAAUGGAUCAAGAAAGCUGGAGACGAACAGGUGAACCUGGCUUUGGCUUACACUGAGCUAACAGAAGAGCUGGGUCGGGUUCGGAGUCUGAGUGCGAAACAGAGUGAUCUCCUCAGACAAGCCACACAGGAGCAUGUGUCCAAUUCGCCACCGGCUCCUCAGCGUCUCUCACCUACUUCGCCAAAUCACCUACGACACCAUCCUUUGUCUUCAGAGAGGCUGUUGUCUUCUCUGUCCCCUCCUCUUUCUCCCAACACUGGUCCUGCAUCCUACUCCCACCAGCCAACCAGCAGCCUCCUGCGGGCAAAGUUCCAGGGACGCCGCAGUUAUUCAGAGGUCUCUGACCCAUCACUUCUCCAGAGGGCCCCAGCCCGUCUGGUGAGAGACCCAGUGUCCACCCUUCCUAAACCCAGGUCACUGCUUGGAGAUAGUCGCAGUUAUGGUCAAAGCAAGCGCCAGCUUCGAGCCGGUCCAGUGGAGCUGGUCCGGCCUGCCUCUGCUCAUGGAGGUGGAGGGGAUAGGAUAGGAGAAGUUGUUGUGGCGGAAAGAGCUGGAGGGGGGAGUCUGAGCAGCAGUCCGCACCACCGUCCUCUGGAGCUUGGCUUUCCUGUUGCUGCAAAGGUUCAUCAUUUUUGCCACCUGGAUGACCGACCCGAGCCCACCCCACUUGUGACCCCGCCCCAGUCCUCCGACGAAGACGAGGAGCUGGGUCCGUAUUUGUCCACAGCUCCCAGUCCGCUCCGGACGCUUGGCACUAUUGGAAUUGGCUCAACAACACUGAGAGAGCCGCCACAUCAUCUACCGUUCCCAUCAGCUCGGAAACAGCCUCAGCAUCCUUCCCACUCGGCCCCUGAGGGCCCAGUCACACUGUCCUGCCGCCUGCCUGCUGACAUUAAUGCAGAGCGGGCGCAGUCUUGGCCGUCCAUCAAUUUAUGGAUGGAGUCAGAAGAGAGCGCGGUACGAAGCUGCCCCCUGUGCCAUCUGACCUUUCCCACCGGGUAUCCAGAUGAUGCUCUCAUCAAACACAUCGACUCCCAUCUGGAGAACAGCAAGAUAUGACAAACAUUCAGAGUGCAGUCACUGCUCCCAGCCCAAAAUCAUCACCUGCCCACAACAGCGGGGGAAAUCCAGGAGAAUGUCUGUCUAAACUAGUGGUCUUCCAGUUCCACUUCGCAUUUAUUCUUUUUAAGCCUUAAUUUAGUUUCAAUGCAGCGUGUACAUUGUAGAGUGAGGAUACCUGAUCGCCACAAAAGUGAAACUGAAUAAAAGAAAGUGAUGCGUCUGAAUGUCAGUCUUUUACAGUGCAGUAAUUCCACAGCCAGAGAGGUGUAUCGCCCUCUAUGCUGGUCAACACUCACAGCUGCAGUCGCACCAGCUGAUAAAAGGACAUUUUGGAUUGAACUGUGAUGUAAGGACAAAAAUAAAUGAGGAAAAACAGGAACUAGGAACUCCAAUGGGAACCCUGCCAAGCCAAGUGCUGUGCCGUCACUUGAAAUCCAUGUUGUGUGUGACUUUUACAAAUGUUGCAACAGAGUCAAAUUUAGGAACAUUGGUGUUCCUUUGAAGUUGAAUAUGACUCUGGUUGGGGAGGAAUUAUACACCCUGGUUAUAGGUGGGAUAUGUUCCUGCUGGGUUUGUUCUGGAACCAUCGAGAACUCCCUACCAUUGGACAAGAAAUGGCAUUGUCCAUGUUAGUCUCCCUCAGUUUAUGGUUGGUUAGAUUCAGGACGGUUUUCAAAAAAAAAAAAAAAAAAAAAAAAAAAAAAAGAUAAAUGAUCACUUCAGGAUUUUUAUUUAAUAACCAUCAUAAUGUGUUCUUCUAGCAGUCACUAUAGUAAUAUUUAAAAAAUGAACUAUUUAAAAUCUAUUAGGAAAUACAUUUCAAAUAUUGAUUUCACCAGUAUGAAGACGUUUCAGAAGAAAGAUCAAAUCAUGACUGAUCACUCACGCAGUGACACCUCCCAACAUAUUUGAGAUGAACAGCUUUAAAGGAAGAUUGUUUACUCCAACAACCCAACACAACAGAUUCUGUUAAGAACAUUCUUUAGAAUAACGGUUGGUAAGUUUGCAACCGUUUUUAUUAAAAAAAUAA